AUCCUCCAAAAUGAAGCAAGCACCACUUGUCACUUCCACUCUUGUGUUCUUCCUCACAGCACUUCUUUCCUUCACUGCCAAUGGCCAUAACAUCACUCUCAUACUUGCCCAAAACCCUGAAUUCUCCACCUUCAACCACUACCUCACCGCCACACACCUCGCCGGAGAAAUCAACCGCCGCCGCACCAUCACCGUCCUUGCCAUGGACAAUGCCGCCAUGUCAUCUCUCUUGGACAAACACCUCUCUAUCUACACCUUAAAAAAUGUCCUCGCCCUCCAUGUAUUAGUGGAUUACUUUGGUAUCACAAAACUUCACCAAAUCACAAACAGAACCACUCUUGUUUCCACUAUGUUUCAGGCAACAGGAGAAGCUGCUGGCACUUCAGGUUACGUGAACAUCACAAACCUUAAAGGAGGGAAAGUUGGGUUUGGCGCAGAAGACAACGAUGGACAACUCCAUUCAUUCUAUGUCAAAUCUGUUAAGGACAUUACAUAUGACAUCUCUAUCCUUCAAAUUAGUCAAGCUUUGAGUUCUGCUGAAGCUGAAGCACCAACAGCAGCACCCAGCGAAAUCGACCUAAUCUCAAUCAUGUCCAAACAAGAUUGCCAAGCUUUUGCAGAUUUGUUGAGAGCUUCACAAGCUCUUCCUUCGUUUAAUGAAAACGUUGAUGGGGGUUUAACCGUUUUCUGUCCAACUGACAAAGCCGUCAACGGUUUCGCCCCCAAGUACAAGAUUCUCACGGACGCUCAGAAGGUGUCAUUGUUGUUAUAUCAUGGUGUUCCUGUUUACCAGUCCUUACAAAUGUUGAAAUCAAAUAAUGGUGUCAUGAGUACUUUGGCUACUCAAGGAGCCAACAAGUACGAUUUCACAGUGCAAAAUGAUGGGGAAGAUGUGAAACUUGAUACAAAAGUUGACACAGCAAACAUUGUAGGGACAUUGAUAGACCAAGACCCUUUUGUGGCUUAUAAGAUUGACAAUGUUUUGUUGCCUAGAGAGUUGUUUAAGGAGACAGUAGAAGAAGCACCUGCAGAGUCUCCUAAGCCAGCAAAGAACAAGAAUGGGGAAGCAGCGGAUGCACCAGCAGAUGGGCCAGGAGCAGAAGCAGAUGAUCAGAAAGCUGAUGAUGAUGAUAAUAAUGGGGUAAGUGGAUUGAACAAUGGGUUCAGAUUCAUCAUCGUGUUGUUAAAUUUGUUUAUUGGGGUUUUGGUUCUAUAA